GCAGACUCCACCGCCGCUGUCAUUCCCCUACUUUCACGUUGACUGGGAGGUGCUGAUGGACAAUCAGUUGCGGAUUGACCGGAGAGCAUCGGGCAUCAAGGCCGAGGAGACAGGAACUCGUUGGGGGAAACCGACGAAGAGGAAGAGAAGUGAGAUUGUGGAGGUGAGCGACGACGACGACGACGACGACGCUGACGACGACGCCGACGACGACGCCGACGACGACAACGAAGGCGAGGUUGAAGGUGGUGGGUCGAGUUCCCGUAAAAAGCCCAGAGGAGAGAACGCCGGAGAGGGCAGCUCGAGCAAGGCGGGCCCGAAAGGUAAAGCAGGGGGCAGCUCGAGCAAUGCGGGCCCGAAAGACGACGAUGAUGGCGACGACGACAACGAAGAGUGCGAGGAGGACGAUGACGUCGACGACGAGGAAGAAGAAGAGGAGGAGGACGAGGAAGAAGAGGAGGAAGAAGAGGAGGAGGAGGCCCCAAGGAGAAAGAAGACAAAGACACCCGGGCUCAAGACGCCGGCCAAGACGCCGCUAUCAAAGACACCCGGGCCCGAGACGCCGGCCAAGACGCCGCCAUCAAAGACACCCGGGCCCAAGACGCCGGCCAAGAUGCCGCCAUCAAAGACACCCGGCCCGAAAACCCCGGCCAAAACACCUGCUCAGACUACUGCUGCCGAGCGAGGAGGGAAAAGGUCGAGAGC